GUCCCAACCAAGUCCCAACUGCCAGGUGUCGAACACCCUAGCCGCUCAGCGUUUGUUCCACAUGCAUUUUCUGCGGUCGGUGGUCCUUUCAUUGGGACUUUUGUCCAUUCACGUUGCUGCUGAGCAUCCCGUCAAACUAAACUAUCAGAGUGAUGUUGCGCGCCUGCGAAAAAUUGUGAUUAAUAGUCUCUACUCGCACAAGGAAAUUUUUCUUCGCGAACUAAUUUCGAACGCCAAUGAUGCACUUGAAAAGCUACGUAUCACGGCUUUGACGGAGAAGAGUGUUUGGGAUGGCACAGAUUCCCUGAACAUUACUAUCAAAGCCGUGAAGGACGAAGACGGCACAAAUGGCCGUAUCGUCAUCACUGACACCGGCAUUGGCAUGUCGCCACAGGAGCUAUCAACAAACUUGGGUACAUUGGCCAAGUCGGGCACAUCUGAUUUCCUUUCUUUGGCAGAAGGGCAAGAAGGUGCUGCUACUGGGAACCUUAUUGGUGCUUUUGGUCUCGGGUUUUACAGUAGUUUCCUUGUGGCCGAUCGGGUCCAAGUUGCUUCCAUCCCUCCGAAAACUGACAGGAACCCUAAUCCUGUUCAACACGUAUUUAGUUCCUCGGCGGAUGAAAGCUCCUAUGAGAUUUUUGAGGACCCGAGGGGCAACACUCUUGGCCGAGGUACCGAAAUUACACUUUACUUGAAGCCCGAUUCGUUGGAAUAUCUUGAAACGAAUGCGAUCUCAGGCCUUGUCAACAAGCAUUCCUCCUUCUCUUCCUCGUUUCCCAUUUAUCUAUUUGAAAGAUGGACAGAGGAGGUUGCCGACGAAGAAGGUUUAAAUACGCCAGAGGUUCCAGAACCCUCAGAAGCCCUCAACGUCCCGUCAACACCAGACGAAGACGACGAGGCGAUUAUUGAAGUGGCUUCGGAACAUGACGAAGCGAAGGAGUCUGUGCUACCAAAGGUGAAGAAUGUGACCAAAGAAGAGUGGAGCCGGCUCAACGCUCAGCCUCCUCUGUGGGCAAGGGAUCCUAAAAACAUAUCAGAUCAGGAAUACAACUUGUUUUAUCAAACAUUUUUCAAAGAUUUCUCGGAUCCUCUGGCAUGGCAUCACUUUUCUGGUGAUUCCGGCUCUGGAGUAGCCUUCAAGGCCAUCGUAUUUUUACCGUCUCGAUUGGACGCGAAGUUCUGGCAAACACUGCCAGAACAAAAGCCUAAGGACGUGAAAUUAAUGGUCAAACGCGUUUUCAUCACAUCCGACCUCGGUGAUGAUUCUUUACCGAAAUGGGCGAGUUGGGUGAAGGUGGUGGUUGAUGCGGAAGAUUUGCCCCUCAACGUUUCUCGUGAAACCCUCCAAUCCAACCGUUUUCUCAAGCAAUUGAAGCAAAUGAUUAUCAAGCGCAUGAUACAGCUCUUCACCAAAAUUUCGGAGGAAGAUCCUGAAAAGUUUGAGAAAAUACAAGAAGUCUACGGUUCUAUCAUCAAGCUAGGAGCUGUGGAAGAUUCAAAAAAUCAAGCGAAAUUGACAUCUUUGACGCGAUUCUCUACAAAUCAACGAAAUAAGACGUCGCUUGACCAGUACCUUGAAAAUAAGAAGCAUGGCCAGAAGCAGAUAUUUUAUCUCGCUGAAAUAGGGAAAACACCCGAACUUCUCUCUCAGAGCGUCUUUAUUGAGAAACUUCACGCUAGAGGAUAUGAAGUACUUCUCCUCACGGACCCCGUCGAUGAAAUUCUCGUGAGUAAUCUUAGACAAUGGAAGGGAAUCCCAUUCCAAGACGUUGCGAAAGCUGGAUUACAGUUUGGCGAUGAAGGACUCGAUGCUGAAGAAGAGAAGGAGCAACAGAAGGAUCUUGAUGAAAAGUUCAAACCUUUGCUGGAUUGGCUCAAAUUGGAAGCCAAAGAUAUAGUCCGAAAUGUUGUUCUCUCCAAUCGACUCGUGAAGAGUCCUUGUGCGGUCGUUGCUAACAUCGACGGGUAUACCGCAAAUGUUCAAAAGAUAUUGAGUGCGCAGAACUCGAAGGGAGGCCGUGAAGGCUUGAUGGGACAGUUGGCAAAUGCGAAGACGCUCGAAAUUAAUCCUCGUUCACCCUUAAUUGUGGGCCUUUUGCGUCGAGUCGAGGACCUUGCAACACAAGAAGACGAAAAGAACAUCGAAGCUGAAGAACUCCACGAAGUAGCCUCAAUAUUGAUCGAUGGCGCUCUGGUUCGUUCUGGCUUUGAAGUUCCUGAUAGUCACAGAUUCUUCUCCCGGGUUGACCGUGUCUUGAGGCGGUCCCUUGGUGUAUCGGAGACAGCUCCAACAGAUGAGAGUGUCAAACCUGCGCCGCCUGUCGACUCCAGCGUGCCCGAUACCCCUGUAACCGGAGCCAAUGACGGCGGUAUACCAGACAACGUUUGGGACAAGGUCUCGCUCGAAAUUGAGGAAAUGGAGGAAGACGCAGUCUCACAUGAUGAGCUGUAGUUACGUAAUGAUACCUAUUAAAUUGUAGCUGCUUGGUAUAUUAUGAGAGUUAUCAUAACUUGUUCGCAACGUCG